UGGCCGCUCCGGCCUUUGUACUGGAACGAGAGCGACCUCGUACUGACCAGCUUGGAUGAGGACGAUUUUCAGGGUGGUGGCGCCCCCUCUGGAGCGAUGGAGAUCAGCACCUCUCACCUGUCCAACGCUCCUGGAGGCCCGAGCGUGGCUGUAAGCGACGCUGCUGCCCGGCAUGAUGUCCUGCAGGGGCUCAGCGGUGGCGGCCUGCCAGAGGCCUGGCUGGAGCUGGAGCGCGUGCUGGAGACCAACAUGGCCAAGAUGCGGCAGGAAGUGCGCCUUCAUCUGGACGGCGUAGAGCACACGCUGAACUCUGACCUGCAGCUGCGCAAGCACCUACGCGAGGAGGAGCGCUGGGCCGAACGCCAGCGGCAGAAGCAGCGCCUGGAGGGCAUGCCCAUGUGGCUCCGUCGCCUCCGCAACGCUCUCAAAGGCCUGGUGAAGAGGAGGCCGAAGAGCGGCAGGACUCAACCAGACGAUAGCGCCGCAGCAGCAGCAGCAUCAUCAUCUUCAUCAGCAGCAGCAGCGGGCAGCGACGGCUCUGGGUACAAGGAGCUGUGCCACGUGGCACAGAGCGCGUGCCACUCGCAGGUGGUCCUGGAAGGACGCGGAAGGCCCACGCGCUGGCCAUGGUGCGGCAGGCGGCCGCGCGCGAUGAGAGGAUGCUCAGCCAGGUUCUGGAGCAGCUGGACGAUACGGAGAGAAACUUCCAGAAGCAGAAGGAGCUGAUGCUGCAGGACGUGGAGAACACGCUGGACAGGCUGCACAUCAGGACAGGCAACUCUGGAGGGCCAGUGGACAUGGAGGAGGAAAGGAGCAAAGAGGACACACUGAAGAGCAAGAAACCCAAGAAGAUGGGCCUGAAGAGAAGGUUUUUCAGGUGCCUUCGCUGCUUCACCUAAAUAUCAUCAUCAUCACUGGGCUGCCGGUUCAAGGUCGACUCCCCCUUACCCUGUCGUAGUGUCAAAGUGCUCCCGAUGUGCAGAUUGGCGCCUUGCAUGGCAGCCUGUGCCAUCGGUGUCCUUGAGCAAGACACUGAACCCUAAAGUGCUCCCGAUGUGCAGAUUGGCGCCUCGCAUGGCAGCCUGUGCCAUCGGUGUCCUUGAGCAAGACACUGAACCCUAAAGUGCUCCCGAUGCGCAGAUUGGCGCCUCGCAUGGCAGCCUGUGCCAUUGGUGUCCUUGAGCAAGACACUGAACCCCAAAGUGCUCCCGAUGCGCAGAUUGGCGCUUGCAUGGCAGCCUGUGCCAUCGGUGUAUGCCCAAAAGUGUUUUACAAAUGCAGUCCAUUUCAUCUAGUGAAGUAUCAGCUCUAUUUUUUAUUUUCACGCUAAAUAUCACCAAUAAAAUGACCUUCAUGAUA